AUGGAAGAAGCUAAUGAUCGCAAGAUCGAACCCGACAAUGGACACGUGAAUAAUGACGGUAAUGAGUUCUACAGUGCAGUUUUUGAUGAUUCGAAUCAAGAAGACAUCUCAUUUAAUUUUGACGAGGAUGAAGAGCCUCCACUAGAGCCUCGAUUCAAAUACGAACGAUUAGAAGGAGAGCACACUCUUCCGUUCUUGAAAACUGCCACUUUCACUUCAAUCGAUAUACAUGACAAAUUCAUUGCGAUUGGAACUGCAAGCGGACUCAUUUAUAUUCUUGAUCAUCAUGGAUACGGCAACUUCGACAGUGUUCCACCUCUCAGACCACACAGAUGCGCAGUUUCAAGAGUGAAAUUUGACGAAACGGGAUCGUACGUCUUGAGUUGUGCCAAUGAUUCGAAACUGGUUGUCUCGGGAGUCGGAAAUGAUAAAUUGUGUUGUACAGUGAACAUUACAGUAAUGCCGAAAUCCAUCGCUUUCUCCCCAGACUUCAUUAGACAACAGUCCGGUCAUUGUUUCAUAAUGGGAGAACGGAAUUUGGUUUUAUACGAGAAAACGUUUUUCCAGUACAAGGCUAACAACUUGUAUUCCGGCUCGGAAAGAGAUGGAUUCAUACAUUGCUGCUCCUGGAACGAUAAUUUCAUCGCGUUCACAAAUGACACUGGCACGAGGGUUUACGAGAGAGGUCCAGAAAGAAUUGUCACUAGUGUACAACCAUCUCACGACGUGGAUCGUGUUCGCUCAUCUCGUUCCCCUCCAAAACAUUUGUGGAUGCCAGAAAACAAUUUGGUAAUUGGUUGGGCAGAUACAGUAACCAUUCUUAAAAUCCGUGACGACGGUGGAGUACGAAAAGGAGAAGUUCAUCACAUUUUCCACGUUUCCAUGUUCAUUUGUGGAAUCUCUUACAUUCCUGAAAACGGAAUUGAGAAUGUUGAACUAUUCCUUGUGGGAUUACAGCUUGAAGGAGAGGAUUUUGAUGAUUGUGCGUCUGUCAUUUCUACAGUAACCACUUUGACAGCAAUGGAAAGCACCGCUUGCACUACUGUCUUGAAGACAUCUGUGAUUCGUCCCCUUGGAUUGAAAGACUUCGAGUUGCAGUCAGAAGAUGUCAUUGAGAGUAUCCGCCUCUCUUCGCACACUCUACCAUAUAUGAUUCAUGGACUUGGAAUUCCCUACCUUGCCACAUACUUCAUAUUGACUACGAAGCAAAUCAUCAUAGCCGUUCCAUACGGCCCGGAAGACGGAAUUCGGUGGAGACUACAAUACAAACUGUACGAUGAGGCAUUUGAAAUGGCAAAGCAUCAUGCCGAUCUUCUCGCUAAAACUGAUUUGAGUCAGAAGAACGUAGGGAGAAAAAUUAUAGAAGGGUAUUUGAGCAACAAGCAAGCAAGAGUCGCAGCUUCGUACCUACCACAUAUCUGCGGAGAUUGCAAAGAAGAAUGGGAAUGGGCAGUAGGACAGUUCCAUGACGCUAAAAUGUCGACACUCCUGGCGGACGUUCUCCCUGAUAGCUCACCAACGCUAAACUCGGAGAGUUACGAGACGGUUCUUAUUGCCUGCCUCUUCAAUAACCCAAAACAAUUCCGGAAGCUUGUGCAAACUUGGAGUCCAGAUUUGUACAAGACCAGUUUGAUAAUUGAUAAGACUCAGUGGCGUAUCCAACAAAUCAGUAGAUCAGGAGAAUCCGGUGAUGUCGACGAAGUGGAGAAGAUUUUGAUGGACACAUUGGCACAUUUGUACUUGUACGAGAGAAAGUACGAGAAUGCAUUGAAGAUUUUGAUGUCUUGUCAAGACUUUCAAAUAUUUAAUGUCAUUGACAAACACCAACUCUUUGACCUUGUCAAGGAUCAAAUCACGGAACUAAUGAACAUCAACUCGGAGCGGGCGCUUCGCCUUCUUCUGGAUAAUGCAGACUCCGUGGAACCAGCGUUUGUGAUGGAAAAAAUUGGCCGGCAACCCAAAUUGCAACUGGCUUACCUCACAAAACUAAUGAGUAGGAACGAGGGAACAGAGUUUGCAGACAAAGCUGUUCAGUUGUAUGCGGAUCAUGAUAAGAAGAAAUUGUUGCCGUUUUUGAGAAAAAACGCCAAUUAUAAUGUGAACAAGGCUAGAAGAUUGUGCUCGGAUAGAGGAUUUGUUGAAGAGACAAUCUACCUACUUGCCAAGAGUGGAAACCAUUUUGAUGCAGUCAAAAUGAUGGUCCGAGAAUACAAAAACAUCGAGAAAGUCAUUGCUUACUGCAAAGAUCAAAACGACCCUGACUUGUGGGUUCAUCUUCUUGGUGUGGUUGCAGAGUUCCCUGCUCACUUCUCACAAUUGAUCAUCGAAGCGUCCAAUUGUCUCGAUCCACUUCUGAUUAUGGAUAAACUUCCAGAUGACGCCGACAUUCCAAACUUGAGUGAAGCGUUGGAAAAACUCUUGAUGGAUUAUACUAACCACGCGGAUCUUCAAAAAUGUUGCUACGAGUCAACGUUGAAUGAUCUGAGUGUUCUCACACAAAAUCUUCUGCAAGCUUCCGAUGAAUCAGUCCCUGUCACCCUGAUGACUAGAUGUUCCCUUUGCUCACAAAUAAUCAUGGCUUCCAACCAAGAACUCGGUAGAAAGCUCACCGAUAUCAAAGUGUUCAAAUGUGGUCAUGUGUUCCAUUUGGCGUGUUCCACUUCAGAGAUCGAUCGUCGUCACUCAAUCGAAGACGGCAUUUGCAUCUCUUGCUCCGACAACUCAGAUUCUGUCAACGUGUAA